UCUCUGGCAGCGAUUUCUCCCACCGCCUCCUGCGACGACAACGAUGCUGACGCCAUUUUGACGGUGACCAGAAAGUGGGGCUCCUGAGCACAGGAAGAACUUGCCAUUUAGGAAAGGGGGAAAAAAGCAAUAAAAGAAAAGAUUCUUUUUAUUAUUUUCCUCUCACCAGAAAUGGCCAAUGUGCUCUGUAACAGAGCCAGGCUGGUUACAUACCUCCCAGGAUUUUACUCUUUAGUCAAAAGAGUUGUAAAUCCCAAAGCUUUUUCUACUGCUGGAUCUUCAGGUUCAGAUGGGUCUCAUGUAGCUACUGCGCCCCCAGAUAUAUGUUCAAGAACUGUGUGGCCAGAUGAAACUAUGGGACCAUUUGGGCCCCAGGAUCAAAGAUUUCAGCUCCCUGGGAAUAUAGGUUUUGACUGUCACCUCAGUGGAACAGCUUUGCAGAAGAAAAGUCCAGUUCAUAGAACUUUGCCUGAUGUCCUAGCAGAGCCUUUAUCAAGUGAAAGGCAUGAAUUUGUGAUGGCACAGUAUGUAAGUGAAUUUGAGGGAAGUGAUGCACCUGUUGAACAACAGGAAAUUAACAGGGCAGAAACUUAUUUUGAAAGUGCCAAAGUAGAAUGUGUCAUACAAACAUGUCCAGAGCUACUUCGAAAAGAUUUUGAAUCCAUGUUUCCAGAAGUGAAUUCUGGCAAACUAGUAGUACUAACUGUAACACAGAAAACCAAAAAUGAUAUGACCAUAUGGAGUGAGGAGGUUGAAAAUGAAAGAGAAGUGCUGUUAGAAAAGUUUAUAAAUGGUGCUAAAGAAAUUUGUUAUGCUCUACGUACUGAAGGCUAUUGGGCUGACUUUAUUGAUCCAUCAUCCGGAUUGGCAUUUUUUGGACCGUAUACAAACAACACUCUUUUUGAAACAGAUGAGCGUUAUCGACAAUUAGGGUUUUCUGUUGAUGAUCUUGGCUGCUGCAAAGUGAUUCGCCAUAGUCUUUGGGGUACCCAUGUCGUUGUUGGAAGUAUCUUCACGAAUGCCACAGCUGACAGUCGCAUUAUGAAGAAAUUAAGUGGAAACUAGGUGGCAGCUGCAUUAUUUGUAUUUGCCACUUUGUCUAUAAAUGGUGUAAAAAGUCUUCAGUUUUUUAAAGUACUCAUUUCUAGGUUUAAAAAAUAUUUAUUUCAGCGUCUGUAAACUUAAGAGUUUGUGAUUUAUGAGAUUUUCAAAAAUUGGCAAUUGUUCACUCAUAUUUCUGUUUAAUACAUGUUAACCACCUACAUUGUAUAAAAAGCAGUAAUUCAUAUGGAUUCAAGGCUUGAUCCCAUAUUACAUGUUUAUGGAGAGUUUUAGCUAUUUUUCCUUUAUGUUUGAAAUUUUCAGGUUUACUUACAUCCUUCCAAAAAUAAAUCACAGGUUAAGAAGAUGAAGAUGAUGUUUCUUUUCCCAUUGUGAUGCUUUUCAAAUUUGUUUCUGAAAACUUUUAAAUUCAGAUUCAUGUAAAUCUUAUCAGGUUGCACAAUUUUGGUAAAUUAUAGUUGUGAUAUAUAGAUUCAGGUUAAGAAUCUUUCUCCAUGUUUACUGGAAAAGCAGUACUUUUUACUACGUUUUUAAAGUUGGUCUUCCUCUAAUCUAAAACUUUUAAAGUUUUGAUAUUUUCCUCAUUUUCACUCUGUAGAUAUUUACUUUGUGUCAAGGUGCAUACAUCAACAUCAUUAUGUAACCUAAAAUGUUUUAGGCCUUGGGUUUAAAAACAAGUGGCAGAAUAUAAACACAUUUCUUUAUUAUAGACAAUUUUUAAUUUGUUUCAUUUGCCAAAUCUAUUUUUGUGAUCCAAUGAUAAAUUGAAACUGCUGCAUGUUACAGAAUAAAUACCUCAGCCAAUGACAGAACUUAUUUUUUGAUAAUAUAAACUUGACAAGACUAAUCUUGUAUCAUUGGCUUUUUGCCAGUAACUGCCGUGAAAAUAAUAAGAAUAUGUAACUUAUGCCAGAAAGUAUUCAUUGCCCUUCUAUCUUGGGUUCCUCCUGUAGUUGUUAAAUAGGGGUAUCAAAUACCUAUUUAAGAACUGACCCACAGAAAUGACAAAAUAUAGUAUUACUCUGCUUGAUUAACACUUAGCUUGGUACCAGGUGAUGUUCAUGCUUACAAGGAAAGUACUUAAGUUAUCACUUAUUGUAAAGAAAAGCAAUGAUUCUCUUUUUUUCUGUACUGAACAGUACAGUCAGUAUUUUUUAAAUGGGUUGCCAGGUAAGAGGUUGGAGAAGAUAAUCCCCUAAGUUCUCUUCCAGCUUUUAACAUUCUAUAAUUCUAGAUAUUAAUGAUUCAAAUACAGAAAUCAUCCCUAAUAAGACUUCUAAUGAACUCCCAAGGGUCCAUGCUAUGAGGCUACCUAACUGUAUGGUCCUUUUCUUCAGUAAAUAGUCUCCUAUAUGCCAUGUGUUUUUAAGUAGUUCCUGCUACUUCAUAUUUUGCCUAUCUUUUAAUGCGUUAGUACCCCCUAAAAUACUAUUUUUUCCACUCUUUGCUACUUUGAUCUGCCUGUAUUCUUCAGCUGGAGUUGAUUUAUCAUUUCGUAUAUUUCUCUUGUCAUGUAUCAGCACUUCUUUCCAAAAAAGAAGCGCCCCAUUCUGGGAAAAGAGGUUUACUGCUGUCUUUGUGUUAGAUAAACAAAGACUUGAAAAAAUAUUUGUUUUAUCUAUUUUGUUUUUGAUGCAAUUACCAGCAGUAUGACAAAAAGCAAGGACUUUUUAUACAGAGUUGAACGCUAAAAGGAGCAGUGUUUUUACAAAGUUGUGAUAUUUAGAUAGUCAACAUGAAGACAAACUAUGAGUUCUGUGAACCCAUACCCUUACACAAGGAAAUAGGUGAUGGUUACUGUGCUAAUAAAUGCCUGUAAAACAACUCAGGUCUUAUUUUUCAUACAUUCCCUUGACUAUGACCCUACAAGUAAGGCUAAGAAAUGUAUUUGCAAGAUUAGUGAAUAUCCAAAUCAACUACUGUUCCAAAAUAGAGCUUCUUAGUUUAAAUUAGUAUUGAUCCAGUGACAUUGACAAGUUCAGCUUCAAUUAUCUUGAAAAUAUUUUUAUACUUUUUUUUUCAUUUUUUUUAUAUGUACCAACUUUGGCAGCUUAAGUUGUACAGUCACCAUUUUAAUACUUUUUUUAAGCUGUAUCUUUGGCUUGUAAGUUUUCUGUAUUAUGCCAAUCUUCUAACCAUACCUUGCCAUAUCAACAGCCAGAAGGUCCAAAUUUGUAUUUAUUUCAUUUCUGCUUUUGUCAUCAUAUAAUAUACAGUGCCUUGACUAUUAAAUGGGGUACUUAAUCAUUUGGUGGACUCGUAGAUAGAAAUAAAGAUCUUAUUUCUUUGUUUUUACAAGUAGAGCUUUUUAUGGCUCUAAUUACACCUUUGUAGUACAUCUACUUUCCCCACACUAUCAGCCAGACACAUAAAUAUAAAGGGGAUGGAAGCAACAGUGUGUCUGUUUUUCCAAAAAUUGUGUCUUUUAUUUUUAAAGUCUAGGAUCUGAACAUUCAAUUGUAUACACAUUAUAGCUUGUCAAGAAAUAUUCUUACUUCUAUUAAAAGAAUAGAAGCCAAAGGAUUUGUGUACAACUUUAGCAUUAAGUUGUCUACAAAUUUAUUUUUAAAUAUGUAGAAAAAUAAAGUAUUUUUCCAUAAAGAUACCAUAAGUAGUUGUAACUCAAGUUGAGUAUUAAUAACUCUUCUUUAUAUAGUCAGUAAUUAUAACAUGAAAUCUGAGUGUUUCACGUCUCUAGCUAUACAGAGCAAGUAGAUCAAACAAGAUUUAUAUUUAUUUUGCUAUGGAAAUUAAAGUGAAUGGCAUAUAGUUUUGGUGAAAGUAUGGUGUAUCAAUUUAUUGGUUUGUACCUAGUUGAAAUCUACCAAAAAAUAUGAUUAAUGCAAAAAAGACCCAAUAUAGAUAGAUCAGCCUACUGGAGUCAAAUGAAUCUUAGUUUUCAGUUUAACCUGUUUACCCACUGGAGAUCUUUAAUUAAUUGAUUGCUGAAUUGUUCAGCUCAAUUCACAAAUAGUGAACUAUACAGAUUACCAAAACUGAAGACUUGGGGAUCAUUUUAAUGCAACUUAUCACCCUGCAAAACUAAUAAAAAUAAUACCUCUUAAUUCCAGGGUGGGGAAAAAAGCCUAGAUUUUGAGCUUACUAAAUAAUACAUUCAGAAGAAACAAUACUCUGUUGUCACAUCUUCUAUAGUAGCAGGGGAUUUUUAUUUUUAUUUCUUUUACAUUAGAUGUUUUAUUGUAUCAAUAUUUGAUUUCUCCUGUUUAUUUUUAAAUAGCUGCUUAGUAAAUCUUUGACCAUCACAUGAGCAGCAAAUAUUUUAAGCAUGUGAUUCUCCACUCUCCUGUCUCAAUUUCUUAACAGUAGCAAAAUAUAUCAUUGCUGCCUCCAUUCAGCUUUGACAUUUGGAGUAGAGCAAACUCUGCUUUCUAACAUUUUAGUCUCAAAAAUUUAAUGGUAUGGCUAAAUCACUGAAAAUGUGAAGUUAAGUCAUAGCACAAAAUAAACUGGAAUUGUGUUUA